ACUUAGCUUUGCCGCCGUUCGCGCACAGUGUGUGUGUAUGUCUUUCGCCUGAGCCUGUGGUGGUGGCCGAAUAACUGGACAUUCCGAAUUUGCGCAGUUCCAGCGAAAUUAACGGGCUUUCCAGUUCGAAUUGCGGAGUUACGAAGUUACGAUAUUAUUGGGGUUACGUUUCCUAAGACUAGGAAUUAAUCAUGGCGCGCGACACCCAAGGAACCCAGGGAACACAGAGCCAGGCCUCCAAUAUCUGGACCCAAGUGGAGAGCCAGCCGAUGGAGAAGAUCGUCUGGGGCCGUUUGUACGGCAAGAACAUUAAGAUCAAAUCGCUGGGUACGAGCUCAAACUACCGAAUUCUUUAUACGCAUUCGUCCCUUUCUGUUGAUCUCAACAAUGACGAGUUCACCGCAGGACGAGGAGAGGCCAACGAUUUGAUCCUCACGCUCAACGAUUUGCCCGAGAAAAUCCUGACACGCAUUUCCAAAGUGCAUUUUAUCAUCAAGCGGGCAAAUUGCGAGCUCAGCAAUCCAGUUUACAUACAAGAUCUCUCGCGCAACGGGACGUUUGUGAAUAAUGAAAAAAUUGGAACAAACAGGAAGCGAAUCCUGAAGAACGACGAUGUAAUUUCCCUGUCCCACCCCACUUACAAAGCCUUUGUAUUCAAGGAUCUCAGCCCGAACGAGUCGAUCGGUCUGCCCGAGGAGAUUAACAAAAACUAUUAUGUAAAUCGCAAACUGGGCUCGGGGGCGUAUGGUUUGGUGCGUUUGGUCUACGACACCCGCACCUGCCAGCAGUUUGCGAUGAAAAUCGUCAAGAAAAACAUGCUGUCUGGCAGUGCGCGACCCAGCACAAAUUUCAGUGAUCCCGACAGGGUCCUAAACGAGGCCAAGAUCAUGAAGAAUCUCUCGCAUCCGUGCGUGGUUCGCAUGCACGACAUCGUGGACAAACCGGACUCGGUCUACAUGGUGCUGGAAUUUAUGCGCGGCGGCGACCUGCUCAACAGGAUCAUCAACAACAAGCUGCUGAGCGAGGAGACAUCGAAGCUCUACUUUUACCAAAUGUGCCAUGCCGUCAAGUACCUGCACGAUCGAGGCAUCACCCAUCGCGACCUGAAGCCAGAUAAUGUCUUGCUAGAGACCAAUGACGAGGAGACCCUGCUGAAAGUCUCCGAUUUCGGGCUGAGCAAGUUCGUCCAGAAGGACUCGGUGAUGCGGACCCUCUGCGGCACUCCUCUUUACGUGGCCCCCGAGGUUCUGAUAACCGGCGGCCGAGAAGCCUACACCAGAAAGGUGGACAUCUGGAGCCUGGGAGUGGUGCUCUUCACUUGCCUGAGCGGCACUCUGCCCUUUUCCGACGAGUACGGAACGCCGGCGGCCCAGCAAAUCAAGCGGGGCAAGUUUGCCUACGGCCAUCCGGCAUGGAAGGGCGUCUCGCAACGCGCCAAGCUGCUGAUCAACCAAAUGCUCAUUGUGGAUCCCGAAAAGCGACCCUCAAUCGACGACGUCCUGCAGUGCAGCUGGCUGCGAGACGCGCAAAUGCUGCAAAAGGCCAAGAAGCUGAUGAAGCUCGAGGGCAUGGACAUCGAGGAGGAGAACAACUUUCUCGAGCCGCCCACCAAGCGAUCGCGACGCUAGCUCCUCUCCACUUCUCAAUUUCUAAGGUCGAGGCGUGAAAAGGUUUUAAUUUUCUGGAAAAAUUAAGCGAUAACAUUUUUCCCCAAAUCGCCGACACCGCAGCAUCCGAGUGUAUUUUUUUGCGGUUGUUUAUUUUUACGUGUUGUCUAGUGUAAGUUUCAUCAUCUCCCCAGCCCGAAAUCGCCUGUUAAACUGCAUUUAUUUCUGGGCCUUUGCAUUCACCAUUAUUUUAAGCUCCGAAUUUUGGCAUUCCAUUUGAAUAUGAUUACGUUAUAUUACGGGUAAUUGUUUAGAAACUAAAAGUACUAUAUGUAAGAACUUAAUUUGACUCUUCAGCGAACCAUUAAGCUUUUUGAAAUAAAGCAAUUGAAUUUGUUUAAGUAA